AUGUCUCACAGGAAGUUUGAGCACCCAAGACAUGGUUCUCUCGGUUUCCUUCCGAGGAAGAGAGCCAACCGUCACAGAGGAAAAGUGAAGGCUUUUCCCAAGGAUGCCCAAUCCAAGCCAUGCAAGUUCACAGCUUUCAUGGGUUACAAAGCUGGUAUGACCCACAUUGUCAGAGAAGUCGAGAAACCUGGAUCCAAGCUUCACAAGAAGGAGACCUGUGAGGCUGUUACCAUCAUUGAGACACCACCUAUGGUGGUUAUUGGAGUGGUUGCCUAUGUCAAAACUCCUCGUGGCCUGCGAUCCUUAAACACUGUUUGGGCCCAGCAUUUGAGUGAGGAGGUCAGGAGAAGGUUUUACAAGAACUGGUGCAAGUCUAAGAAGAAGGCUUUCACCGGGUAUGCUAAGCCGUACGAAAGCGAGGAUGGUAAGAAGAGCAUCCAGGCUCAACUGGAGAAGAUGAAGAAAUACGGAACUGUCAUCCGUGUUUUGGCCCACACUCAGAUCAGGAAGAUGAAGGGAUUGAAGCAGAAGAAAGCUCACAUGAUGGAGAUCCAGAUCAAUGGUGGUACCAUUGCUAAGAAGGUUGACUUUGCUUACGUUUCUUCGAGAAGCAGAUCCCAAUCGAAGCAGGGUCUCCGUAAGGUUGCUUGUAUUGGAGCGUGGCAUCCUGAAAGAGUUUCCUACACUGUUGCCAGGGCUGGUCAGAAUGGUUAUCAUCACCGUACUGAGCUGAACAAAAAGAUUUACAGAUUGAGCAAGGUUGGUCAGGAGAGUCAUUCAGCCAUGACUGAAUAUGACAGGACUGAGAAGGAGGUGACUCCAAUGGGAGGAUUCCCUCACUAUGGAGUAGUGAAGAGCGAUUACUUGAUGAUUAAGGGAUGCUGUAUGGGUCCGAAGAAGAGGGUUGUGACUCUGCGCCAGUCAUUGCUUACGCGUCUUGCCCUUGAGGAAAUCAAACUCAAGUUUAUCGACACAGGUUCCAAGGGUGGACAUGGUCGUGCCAUGUUUUAUGGUCGGAAGUGGAAGUUUUAUGACCACCCAAGAGAAGCGGAAGUUUUAUGGUCGUGCCAAGGCUUAAGAGUCAGAGAUAUUGUUGUCCUUUGA